AUGUUCUACCGUUCGACGCAAGCCUAUCGAUCGCUCGAUGCGCUCAGAGUCAGUACAUGCGAUGACUCUGCAAAGAGACUCAGUCAGCCCGAGUUGCUUGGCGCCGAAUCACGUGCCGGCUCCAGCAGGACGUCAUCGCCGCUGUCGCGCAUCUAUGCCACUGGAUCGCGAUUGGCUCAUCGGCUGAGCUUGUCUCCUUCUCUGCGGCGUCGUAGAGAUGCGCAGGGCGAUGCGACGUCGGCCCGUGCAUUCACCCCAAUCCGACGGAAGCGGUUGAGUUUGUCCAGCGAUUGGACCUCACAUGCUCGCGCCGUGUUCGAUUGGCAUGCCAUACUAUCGGUGGUCGUGUCGGACCAUCACCACGCGCAGCAAUCUGCACCAAGGAAAGCGCUAGUCGUCGGCGACCCGUCGCCCAUGUGGAUCCUUCACCAGGCUCAGCGAACAGGCUGGGAGGAGACGCGGUUUCAUGGGAUCACCUUUGAGAAACAAUGGCUCUUCACCUCGCAUUUGCCGCCUGAGCUGAGCGGCCGGAUACGUCUGGGCCGGAUCGAGCACGACAUGCAGCUCUCACUCGAACUGCAAUCAUUCGACUAUGCUCUUUUCUUCAAACCGCUCAACAUCGAUCCCAAGACGUCAAACGCAGUCGGACAGAAUAUCACGAAUGCGCUCAAGUGCGGUGCAACGUUUGAAAUCGUUCAUGGCCCAAUAUUAGCGCAAGAAGCAUCUGCAAACUCAGCCAAGCCUCGAAAGCUCGCUGCACAACCGGCUUUGACAGGUGCAAAGUCGAUGAGUUCUUGGACUGCGGAAGAUUUGCUCGCAGGCUCUCUCAAGCCAGAAGACGAGAAUUUGCUCGAGGUGAUUUGGCAACGCACGACGAUCGCGCGACAGCAUGAAACGGAGCGGAGAUUGCCCGCAUUUGCCUCAAGAAACGAGUCGACGGAGCAUCUCUCAGAUCAGCUUGCUGCAGCCAUGCAACGGAGCUUCGACUGGUUUGUAAGCCCUACUCCACCUCCCCAAACGCCUUCGUCGAUGUCUCUCCAUGACUUUGAGGCCGAGCUCAAACCGUCCAUGUCCAAACUGAAGAAAGCCCGCAAACGUUUAUCUAGCUUUGGUUCACUCGGAAUGUCUCGCGAAAUCUUGGGUCUUGAUUGCAGCUACAAUUGCUAG